AUGGCCGAUAACAAAAUAUAUUUCAACCAAUGUUAUCGACACUGGGACUUCCCAAGCGGUCCCCCACCUUAGUACUAACCCAGCCUUAAGGCGCUUAACUUCGGAGUUCGAAUGGGAUCCGGUGUUUUCACCUUAGUAUGGCCGAUAACAAAAUUAAUAAAAUUAAUGUCAAUUUAAAGUUAUCGACACUGGGACUUCCCAAGCGGUCCCCCACCUUAGUACUAACCCAGCCUUAAGGCGCUUAACUUCGGAGUUCGAAUGGGAUCCGGUGUUUUCACCUUAGUAUGGCCGAUAACAAAAUAUAUAUCAACGGAUGUUAUCGACACUGGGACUUCCCAAGCGGUCCCCCACCUUAGUACUAACCCAGCCUUAAGGCGCUUAACUUCGGAGUUCGAAUGGGAUCCGGUGUUUUCACCUUAGUAUGGCCGAUAACAAAAUAUAUAUCAAUGA